UUCAAUUUUCAACAAUUUCACUAAAAAUAGAAAGUUAGUUCCAUUUUUUCCCCAACGAACUUCAGCAGCAACUAACCCAAAAUGGAAGGUGCGACGGUGAAGGUGGAAGAAGCCGCCGCCGACGAGCCGAGGCCGAUCGAGAGCUUGCUCGACGUGGGCACGCCGCCGUUCCUGACGAAGACGUUCGAGAUGGUGGAGGAUUCGUCGACGGAUUCGGUGAUCUCGUGGAGCAAGGCGAGGAACAGCUUCAUCGUGUGGGACCCACACCGAUUGUCCGCCGCAUUGCUUCCCAAAUUCUUCAAGCACAAUAAUUUCUCCAGCUUCGUUCGACAGCUUAAUACCUACGGCUUUAGAAAGGUGGAUGCGGAUCGAUGGGAGUUUGCGAACGAGGCGUUUCUAAGUGGGAAGAAGCAUCUGUUGAAGACGAUCAAGAGGAGGCGAAACGUGAUGAUGCAGGGCACGAGCCAGCAAGGAGGAGGAGGGGCUUCUUGUAUUGAGUUGGGGCUGUUUGGGAAGGAAGAGGAGGUGGAGAGGCUGAAGAGAGAUCGAGACGUGUUGAGGGCCGAGGUCUUGAAGCUCAAGCAGCAGCAGCAGAGCUCGAGGGAGCGUCUCAUGGUGAUUGAGGAGCGUAUCCGUGGCUCUGAGAGGAAGCAGCAGCAGAUGACUAGCUUUGUUGCGAAGGCCUUUAGCAAUCCGUUGUUUGCUGAGAGGGUCGCAAAUGGUCAGAGACGCGUUGAAUUAGGGCUGAAGAGGCAGCUGACUAUGACCCCGGAUGAGGUGCUUGUGGAGUCAUUGAUCUCAGCUGCGAAUGUUGGUGGGACGAGCUCGAAUCCUAUCACAGAUGAGGUGUUGGAGAAUCAGCUCGAUCUGGCUCCAGAUCAAAGUGAGGUUGAAGCUGAGAUUGAGACAUUGGUUUCGGCUGCAAAUGUUGGUGGCACGAGCUCAGAUCUGUUGGAGAGGCUUUUAAGUGAAGACGAGGAAGUGGGAGCCGGAGAUUGGGAUGAGGAACUUCAAGAACUUGUUGAUGAAUUAGACUUUAUGUAGUUUGAUUGCUAUAAUGAUUUGGAGCUGAAUUUGGUUGUGUUUUAGGUUCUUGAGUGUGUUAGAUGCUUGAGAUGGAUGGAUUUGUUGUGGCUGAGACGAAGAACAGAGAAUCGCGGUGGUGAUGAUGACUGAUGAGAUUCAGUCUGAUUGUAUGGAACAAUCUUUUGAAGUUCUUGUUCAUUGCUUAAUCAA